GCGUCUUCCGGCGCCCGCGGAGGCGGCGAGGGUGGGACGCGGGGCGGAGCCCGAGUUUAGGAAGAGGAGGGGACGGCUGUCAUCAAUGAAGUCAUAUUCAUAAUCGAGUCCUCGCUCGCUCUAUUUCUGUACUCUGGGUGACUCAGAGAGGGAAGGGAUUCAGCCAGCACACUCCGCGCGAGCAAGCAUUCUGCUGACGGGCACAGACAGGAGAAGUUGAUGUCCACGCCCACAGACCCUGGCGCAAUGCCCCACCCGGGGCCUUCACCAGGGCCUGGACCCUCCCCAGGACCGAUUCUGGGACCUAGCCCAGGGCCAGGACCAUCCCCAGGUUCCGUUCACAGUAUGAUGGGACCGAGUCCCGGACCUCCGAGUGUUUCACACCCAAUGCCGACAAUGGGGUCUGCUGACUUCCCACAGGAAGGCAUGCAUCAAAUGCACAAGCCCAUUGAUGGUAUGCACGACAAGGGCAUUGUAGAAGAUAUCCACUGUGGCUCCCUGAAGGGCACCGGGAUGCGACCCCCGCACCCAGGAAUGGGCCCUCCCCAGAGUCCGAUGGAUCAGCACAGCCAAGGUUAUAUGUCUCCACACCCCUCUCCAUUGGGAGCCCCAGAGCAUGUGUCCAGCCCCAUGUCUGGCGGAGGCCCAACACCACCCCAGAUGCCACCGAGCCAGCCUGGGCCCCUCAUCCCAGGCGAUCCGCAGGCCAUGAGCCAGCCCAACAGAGGCCCCUCGCCUUUCAGCCCUGUCCAGCUACACCAGCUCCGAGCUCAGAUUUUAGCUUACAAGAUGCUGGCCCGGGGCCAGCCCCUCCCCGAAACACUGCAGCUCGCAGUCCAGGGGAAGAGGACGUUGCCUGGCAUGCAGCAGCAGCAGCAGCAGCAGCCACAGACGCAGCCGCCACAGCCGCAGCAGCCCCAGCCCCAGCCCCAGCAGCCAGCCCUUGUUAACUACAACCGACCAUCUGGCCCAGGGUCGGAGCUGAGCAGCCUGGGCACCCAGCAGAAGCUGCCUGCGCCUGCACCCAGUGGCCGGCCCUCGCCCGCACCUGCACCCCCUGCCGUCACGCAGCCUCCUGCGGCCGCUGUGCCUGGGCCGUCCGCGCCUCCACCGCCAGCCCCAGGGCAGCCCUCGCCCAUCCUGCAACUGCAGCAGAAGCAGAGCCGCAUCAGCCCCAUCCAGAAGCCGCAGGGCCUAGACCCAGUGGAGAUACUACAGGAGCGUGAAUACAGGCUCCAGGCCCGCAUAGCUCACAGGAUACAAGAGCUGGAAAACCUGCCUGGCUCUCUGCCACCAGAUUUACGGACCAAAGCAACCGUGGAACUGAAGGCGCUCCGGUUACUCAAUUUCCAGCGUCAGCUGAGGCAGGAGGUGGUGGCCUGCAUGCGUCGGGACACAACUCUCGAGACGGCCCUCAACUCCAAGGCAUACAAACGGAGCAAGCGCCAGACACUGAGGGAAGCGCGCAUGACGGAGAAGCUGGAGAAGCAGCAGAAGAUUGAGCAGGAGAGGAAACGACGGCAGAAGCACCAGGAAUACCUGAACAGUAUUUUGCAACAUGCAAAAGACUUUAAGGAGUACCAUCGAUCUGUGGCCGGCAAGAUCCAGAAGCUCUCGAAAGCUGUGGCAACUUGGCAUGCCAACACUGAGAGGGAGCAGAAGAAAGAGACAGAGCGCAUCGAAAAGGAGAGGAUGCGGAGAUUGAUGGCUGAAGAUGAAGAAGGCUACAGGAAACUGAUUGAUCAGAAGAAAGAUAGGCGCUUAGCUUACCUUUUGCAGCAGACUGAUGAGUACGUGGCCAACCUGACCAACCUGGUCUGGGAGCAUAAGCAAGCCCAGGCAGCCAAAGAGAAGAAGAAAAGGAGGAGGAGGAAGAAGAAAGCUGAAGAGAAUGCCGAGGGAGGGGAGUCUGUCCUGGGGCCAGAUGGUGAGCCCAUAGAUGAGAGCAGCCAGAUGAGUGACUUGCCCGUCAAAGUAACCCACACAGAAACCGGAAAGGUCCUUUUUGGACCAGAAGCUCCCAAAGCGAGUCAGCUGGACGCCUGGUUGGAAAUGAACCCUGGCUAUGAAGUUGCUCCUAGGUCGGACAGUGAGGAGAGCGAUUCUGAUUAUGAGGAGGAGGAUGAGGAGGAAGAGUCUGGUAGGCAGGACAUGGAAGAGAAAAUACUCCUGGAUCCAAACAGUGAAGAUGUUUCCGAGAAGGAUGCUAAGCAGAUCAUUGAGACAGCCAAGCAGGACGUGGACGACGAGUACAGCAUGCAGUACAGUGCGCGGGGCUCCCAGUCCUACUAUACCGUGGCUCAUGCCAUCUCUGAGCGGGUAGAGAAGCAGUCGGCCCUCCUCAUCAAUGGGACCCUGAAGCAUUACCAGCUCCAGGGCCUGGAAUGGAUGGUUUCACUGUAUAAUAACAAUUUGAAUGGGAUCUUAGCCGAUGAAAUGGGGCUGGGGAAGACCAUCCAGACCAUUGCACUCAUCACGUAUCUGAUGGAGCACAAAAGACUCAAUGGCCCCUAUCUCAUCAUUGUGCCCCUUUCGACCCUAUCGAACUGGACAUACGAAUUUGACAAAUGGGCUCCUUCUGUGGUGAAAAUUUCCUACAAGGGCACCCCUGCCAUGCGCCGCUCCCUUGUCCCCCAGCUACGGAGUGGCAAAUUCAAUGUCCUCUUGACGACUUACGAGUACAUUAUAAAAGACAAGCACAUUCUUGCCAAGAUCCGGUGGAAAUACAUGAUUGUGGACGAAGGACACCGCAUGAAGAACCACCACUGCAAGCUGACUCAGGUCUUGAACACUCACUACGUGGCCCCAAGAAGGGUUCUCCUGACGGGGACCCCACUGCAGAACAAGCUUCCUGAACUUUGGGCCCUCCUCAACUUUCUCCUCCCCACAAUUUUCAAGAGCUGCAGCACCUUCGAGCAGUGGUUCAAUGCCCCGUUUGCCAUGACUGGAGAAAGGGUGGACUUGAAUGAGGAAGAAACUAUACUGAUCAUCAGGCGUCUGCAUAAGGUGUUGAGACCCUUUCUACUGAGGAGACUGAAGAAAGAGGUGGAAUCCCAGCUUCCAGAAAAAGUUGAAUAUGUGAUCAAGUGUGACAUGUCAGCUCUGCAGAAGAUUCUGUAUCGCCACAUGCAAGCCAAGGGGAUCCUCCUCACAGAUGGUUCUGAGAAAGAUAAGAAGGGAAAGGGAGGUGCUAAGACACUCAUGAAUACGAUCAUGCAGUUGAGAAAAAUCUGCAACCACCCGUACAUGUUUCAGCACAUCGAGGAAUCCUUUGCUGAGCACCUGGGCUAUUCAAAUGGCGUCAUCAAUGGGGCUGAGCUGUAUCGGGCAUCUGGGAAGUUUGAGCUGCUGGAUCGGAUUCUGCCAAAGUUGCGAGCAACAAACCACCGCGUGCUGCUCUUCUGCCAGAUGACGUCCCUCAUGACCAUCAUGGAGGACUACUUUGCUUUCCGGAACUUCCUUUACCUGCGCCUCGAUGGCACCACCAAGUCGGAGGACCGUGCUGCUCUGCUAAAGAAAUUCAAUGAGCCUGCCUCCCAGUACUUCAUUUUCUUGCUGAGCACAAGAGCUGGAGGCCUGGGCUUGAAUCUCCAGGCAGCUGACACUGUGAUCAUCUUCGACAGUGACUGGAACCCCCAUCAGGAUCUGCAGGCACAGGACCGCGCUCACCGCAUAGGCCAGCAGAACGAGGUGCGUGUGCUGAGGCUGUGCACCGUGAAUAGCGUGGAGGAGAAGAUUCUCGCCGCUGCCAAGUACAAGCUGAACGUGGAUCAGAAGGUCAUCCAGGCAGGCAUGUUUGACCAGAAGUCUUCAAGCCACGAGCGGCGGGCAUUCCUGCAGGCCAUCUUGGAGCAUGAGGAGGAAAAUGAGGAAGAAGAUGAGGUGCCAGACGAUGAGACUCUGAACCAGAUGAUUGCUCGACGUGAAGAAGAAUUUGAUCUUUUCAUGCGUAUGGACAUGGACCGGCGCCGCGAGGAUGCACGGAACCCAAAACGCAAACCUCGCUUAAUAGAGGAAGAUGAGCUGCCCUCUUGGAUCAUCAAAGACGACGCUGAAGUGGAGAGGCUGACUUGUGAAGAAGAGGAAGAGAAGAUAUUUGGCAGGGGGUCUCGGCAGCGCCGCGAUGUGGACUACAGCGACGCCUUGACGGAGAAGCAGUGGCUAAGGGCCAUUGAAGACGGCAAUCUGGAAGAAAUGGAAGAGGAAGUACGGCUUAAGAAGCGAAAAAGACGAAGAAAUGUGGAUAAAGAUCCUGCAAAAGAAGAUGUGGAAAAAGCUAAGAAGAGGAGAGGCCGCCCUCCGGCUGAGAAACUCUCCCCUAACCCCCCCAAACUAACAAAGCAGAUGAACGCAAUCAUAGAUACUGUGAUCAACUACAAAGAUAGGUGUAACGUGGAGAAGGUGCCCAGUAAUUCUCAGUUGGAAAUAGAAGGAAACAGUUCAGGGCGGCAGCUCAGCGAAGUCUUCAUUCAAUUACCUUCCAGGAAAGAACUACCAGAAUACUAUGAAUUAAUUAGGAAGCCUGUGGAUUUCAAAAAAAUAAAGGAAAGAAUUCGUAACCAUAAGUACCGGAGCCUGGGGGACCUGGAGAAGGACGUCAUGCUCCUGUGCCACAACGCUCAGACCUUCAACUUGGAGGGCUCCCAGAUCUAUGAAGACUCCAUUGUCUUGCAGUCAGUGUUUAAGAGUGCCCGGCAGAAAAUUGCCAAGGAGGAAGAGAGUGAAGACGACAGCAAUGAAGAGGAGGAGGAGGAGGAUGAAGAGGAGUCUGAGUCUGAGGCAAAAUCUGUUAAAGUGAAAAUCAAGCUCAACAAAAAAGAUGAGAAAGGGCGGGAUAAAGGAAAAGGCAAGAAGAGGCCAAAUCGAGGAAAAGCCAAGCCUGUCGUGAGCGAUUUUGAUAGUGACGAAGAGCAGGAUGAGAACGUGACAGUCUGAAGCCAGUGCGACUGACGAUGAGUGAUCACCAGGGAUCUUUUUUUCCUUGGCAGACCUGCGUUCCUCCUUCCCCUCCCUCAUCUCGGCCCAGUGAGUUCAUUUUGUCAUACAGUCACUGGGCCAUUUCUCUAUUAUCCUCAUCUAUAAACUAGCUUUAGGAUAGUGCCAGACAAGCAUAUGAUAUCAUGGUGUAAAAAAAACAUGCAAAUACACACAUACACACAUACACAAACACAAAUAUUUGUAACAUAUUGUGACCAAAUGGGCCUCAAAGAUUCAAAGAUUAAAACAAACAAAAAAGCUUUUGAUGGAAAAUAUGUGGGUGGAGAGUAUAUUUCUAUGGGUUGGGUCUGAUUUGGUAACGGUUUGACUGUGCCUGGUUUUAUCACCUGUUAAUGAGAAGAUUUUGUCUUUUUGUAACCCUGAUAACCAGGAGAAGCCAUUAAAAGCCACUGGUUAUUUUAUUUUUCAUCAGGCAAUUUUCAAGGUUUUAUUUGUUCAGAAUUGUUUGUUUUGCCUUUUUUUUUUUUUUUUUUACACUGUGGUACAUAUAAGCAACUUUAAUAGGUGGUCAAUGUACAGUAGGUAGAUUUCACCUGCAUAUACAUUUUUUUGCAUUUUUGCUCUAUGAUCUGAAAAAGAAAUGCUUUUUGAAUUGUAUAAGAUUUAUGUCUACUGUAAACAUUGCUUAAUUUUUUUUGCUCUUGAUUUGAAAAAAGAAAAGUUUUGUUGAAAACGCUAUUGAAUAUUGCAAACUAUAUAGUAUGUUGGAUGGCUUCCUUUGUCCACCUGAUCUCCGGUGUUACCAAUGUGUAUCGUCUCCUUCUCCCUAAAGUGUACUUAAUCUUUGCUUUCUUUGCACAAUGUCUUUGGUUGCAAGUCAUAAGCCUGAGGCAAAUAAAAUUCCAGUAAUUUCCAAGAAUGUGGUGUUGGUGCUUUCCUAAUAAAGAGAUAAUUUAGCU